AUGCCAAUAAAUGAAUCUAAUCAAUUAUCUAAUAAUAUGACAUAUACAAAUGAUGGUAGUGGUGAUAAACGAGGAGAAUAUUUUAAACAAAUACCAACACCUGUUGAUGAACAACAAAUAAUAAAUGCACAAAAUAAAGUUGAUAGAUUAAUGAAUAUAAUAACAGAUACAUAUGAAAAAACUUUAGUUAGAAAUCUUCGUCUUGAAGAACUUGAUAUGAGAUCAACAGAUUUAUUUCGUGAUGCUGAAAAAAUGAAAAAUAUGGCACAUAAAAUGCAUGAUAAAUUCUUUUGGGAAGAUAAAUAUUGUAUGGUUGUAAUAAUUGCCUCAAUAUCUGCAAUUGUACUUGGUGGUCUACUUGCUUUUAUAUUCGUACCAAAACUAACAGGCAAUUAA